AUGCCGAGGCAAAGUGGUAGACAGAGUAAGCAGACAGGUGGCAGGAAUACUGACCCUACCAUUAGAGGCCCAGUUGUUAGAAAGAAUGCACUGGGUAGGAAAAAGAAGGUAGCAGCUAGUGUGGGCUCAGUACGAGCAAACUCAGAGAAGAAAUAUGGUCUUGAGAGGUUUAAAGCCCUAGGGGCUGUGCCAUUUGAAGAGGACAGUAAAGUAGGGCUAGCUGCCUUUCUACUACAGAAAGAACCAGAGAAGUGGUGGAAAGUGAUAUCCGCCAAACGAGCCAGCACAGAUGCGAUGUUAUGGUCUGAGUUCAAGAAGGCCUUUGAAGAUAAGUAUUACCCCAGCUCGUUCUGGGAUGAAAAAAGGGAUGAGUUCCUCAGAUUAACACAGGGAAGGAUGUCGGUGACAGAAUAUGAGCAGAAAUUUAUAGAGUUAUCACAGUAUGCUCUGCCGAUUAUUGCUGAGGAAGGAGAUAGAUACAGGAAAUUUGAAUAA